UUCAGUUUUGAAGCAUAGUUUUCAGUAUGGAUGAUAAGUUUCCCAAGAUGGAAACCUUCAUCCCAAAGCAGUUGCCAUAUUUUCCAGGAAUGGCAAGUAGUACCGGAUCGAAUUUUCUCGGUGAUCCGGCCAGUUGGGAAGUCAGUGGAUUAAAAUCAUCACUGUCACCAGAGUCUAGCACUUCUUCUUCAGCAGAUGAAGUUUCUGGUAACUCCACUUUGAUAAACAAAACAAAUCCAGUUGUCCCUGUGAAUUUCCUUGAAACAUUUCCUGUGCUUAACAAAGCUCAUGUUUCUGAUCAACCACCUACUUCUCCAGCUUCCUUGUCAUCAAAGCCAUCAAAUUUCCCAAAUUUAACUCUACUUUCGCAGGAACCAACAACCCUUUUAGAUCCAUCAUCAACCAAAAAGUGUGAUGAGUCCAUGUUCUCCUCUUUAAGCCCCUCAUUUCCUCUACCUCACCUUGAGCACUGUCAACCAGGCUUUGAUCAAUGGCUCAAAAUCAGUCAAACUCUAGCAAACAAUCCAUCUAAAGGUUUCAAUGAUUACUGGCUAAGUGCGACGAAAACACAGCCAAUGAAGUACAGUGGAAGAUCAAGAUUUCAGAAUCAACAACAGAAGCAGCCAUCAGCACCAAUCCCAUCGUCACAAGAAAAGCUAUUUAGAGGAGUGAGGCAAAGGCAUUGGGGAAAAUGGGUGGCUGAGAUUAGAUUACCGAGAAACAGAACAAGGGUUUGGUUGGGGACUUUCGACACAGCUGAGGAGGCUGCAAGUGCUUAUGACACUGCUGCCUAUAUGCUCCGAGGCGAAUAUGCUCAUUUGAAUUUUCCAGAUUCAAAACAUCAACUCAAGGCCAAUGCUUUGAAUGGGAGUACAAGCACUACAGCUGCCCUGCUUGAAGCCAAGUUACAACUAGCAAUAUCACAACAGGCAAAUAAGAAGACGAAUAUUAUGGAGUCAUCGUCUUCAACAUCACCUCCAUCACCAAAAAAGAAGAAGCACUCAUCAGCCGAUGAUCGUCAUCAGAAGAACUCAAAUUCCAUCAUCAAUAGUAAUUUGAUCAGCCAAAACCAAAUUACAAGAAAAGAGUGGCAGCUUGGAUCUGAUCAGGUGAUAUUUGAAAGCAAGAAAAGCCAGGAUGUAAUAUCAUCAUCAGAUAUGGAUGCUGUUCAGCUAAGUAGAAUGCCAUCUUUGGACAUGGACAAGAUAUGGGAUGCUCUUCUGGUCUCUGAUUAAUCCAUAACCAUGUUGUGCUUAUUUCUCAAAAGAUGACUCAUUUCUUUCUUCUACUUUCUUCGAGUUGGGUUUUGUUGCUCAAAAGAUUUUCCUUAUGGAGGUGUGCAUUUUUCUUUUUUGCUCACAUAUAUAUGAACCUAUUAAUUUAGUUUCUCAACUGCCUAUUUUGCACUUUGAAGGUCUGCAUAAGUUUUCAGUUUUGAAAUUUAAAUUAGAAUGUACAUAUUUUGUUUCAAUAAUAACUGAUACAUCUUUUUGAAUAGUGAAAUGCAAAGUGG